AUGCCGGCGUUUAUGAGACAUGCAAUUUCAGUCCUUCUAGAGAACGAGGUCGGUGCGCUGACGCGGCUCACUGGAAUGUUCUCUUCGCGUGGCUAUAACAUCGAAUCGCUCAAUGUCGCGCCUACGUACGACGAGCGAGUGUCUCGCGUGACGCUGGUGGUGCGCGGUUCAGAUGCCGCUAUCGCGCAGCUUAAUGCCCAGCUUGCGAAACUGGUUGACGUGGUCAAUAUUCACGACAUGACGCUCGGUGAGCACUUUGAACGCGAACUGGCUAUCGUCAAAAUCAAGUUGGGACCGGGUGGCUUGGUCCGGGUGAUGAAGCUGGUCAAGGAUUUCUCGGCGAUCUUGCUCGAUGAGGCAGAAGUCAGUUCAACCAUUCAGCUCACAGGCAACGUGAAGCAGAUUGAUGAGUUCGUCAAAGCGGCCGCGGAAAUAGGUGAGAUAUCUGCGGUCGCGCGCAGCGGAACGGUUGCAGUUUCGAAAGGGGAGGUCACUCUGACCUCGUUUGACCGCCAACAACUGUUGACUGGCUAA